AUGCCAACAGCGGCGUCGUAUCUGUCUGCUGUCUCCGAGGCAGACGCGAGAGCGCGUGCGCUCGGUGCGACGGUCAACGCGCACGGUGGGACGCCCAACUCGACCCCCGCGCUAUCGUUGUCGUCGUCCGUCACGACCACGUCCGAGGACACGGUGCUUAAUGACCCGGUGUCCGAUUACAACGAUGGGCUCACUUAUCCGCGCAUGCCCCCAACGUCUGAGCAGGUCUUCACGACCGUGCACACGGAAUUUGGCCACUGCGCGAACGAGAAGUUCCGUUUCACCUCACAGCAUCACGCGGGCGCGCCGUACAAGAGCUACCCGGAGCAGGACCCUCCAUAUUACAUCCUCCUCACGACAUAUAUCAGUUACUUGUUGGUCAUAUGUCUCGGUCACCUGCGCGACUUCUUCGGUAAACGUUUCCGUCGGUCUGCCUAUAGACAUCUGAUGGCCCAGGACGGGUAUGCGGCACUCAACUCGGACUUUGACUCGUUCUACACACGGCGGCUCAAGACGCGCCUCGAUGACUGUUUCUCGCAGCCUACCACCGGUGUGCCUGGGCGUACGAUUGUGCUGCUCGACCGGUACUCGCCUGACCACAACAAGACAAUGAUUGCGCUGGGCACGCGCACUCGUGGCUUGAACGUCUCAUCUUACAACUAUCUCGGUUUCGCUCAGGCACGCGGCGCGUGCGCUGACGCCGUUGAGGCCGGAGUACAGCGUUAUGGCGUGUCCGCGUGUGGCGCCAGGCUCGAAGGCGGCACCCUGGACCUGCACCAGCAGGCAGAGGCCCUGGUCGCGCGCUUUGUCGGCAUGGAAGACUCACUGAUCAGUUCGAUGGGUUUCGCGACGAACUCGACCAUAAUCCCCGCGUUGGUGAGCAAGGGCUGCCUGGUCAUCUCGGACGAGUACAACCAUGCGUCAAUUCGGUUCGGCGUACGUCUGAGCGGGGCGAACGUGCGGAUGUUCAAGCACAACGACAUGAAGGCGCUGGAGGAUUUGUUGCGCGAAGUUAUCAGCCAGGGCCAACCGAAGACGCAUCGCCCGUGGAAGAAAAUUCUGCUCAUCGUCGAGGGCUUGUUCUCUAUGGAGGGCACGAUGGCUAAUUUGCCCGUCAUUAUGGAGCUGAAGAAGAAGUACAAGUUCUAUCUCUUUGUGGACGAAGCACACUCUGUUGGUGCUUUGGGCCCUCAUGGUCGUGGUGUCGCUGACUACUUCGGCAUCAACCCUCGCAACUUCGACAUCCUCAUGGGCACGUUCACCAAGUCCUUCGGCGCGGCUGGCGGAUACAUCUCAGGCAGCAAGGCGCUAAUUGACCGGCUCCGCGUUCACGGACAUUCCGGUUGCUAUGCGGAGGCGAUGCCGCCGCCCGUGCUAGUGCAGGUUAUCGCAAGUAUGGCCGGUAUCAUGGGCGUGUCGCCCGGUCCAUCAUCAAGCGCUUUAACGAUCAAGGCGGAUGAUAUCGCUGAACAGGAGCGCUACCCCGGUAAGGCACCCGCGGCGAUACUGCCCUCGUGGAUGCCCCUGUCGCCAUCAAUGUGCGACGGUUCCGACGGACUCGUGCGCCUGCGCAGACUCACAUUCAACGCGCGCUACCUAAACCGAGGUCUGCGCAAGUUAGGUUUCAUCACGUAUGGGUGCGACAAUUCGCCGGUGGUGCCUGUGCUACUGUUCAACCCGGGCAAAAUGGCGGUGUUCAGCCGAAUGAUGCGCACGUGGUCGACGCCAAUCGUGGUUGUCGUGGUUGCGUAUCCCGCGACGCCGCUCGUAACGUCGCGCGUGCGCUUCUGCGUCAGCGCAGCGCACACGAAGGAGGACAUCGACACGGUGCUCACUGCGUGCGACGAGAUUGGCGACUUGCUUGAUUUGAAGCAGAGCACGGGCGAGCGUUGGCCACUCAAGGAGGUCAUAGAUAGGGCGGUCGAGCUCGUCAGCAUGCCUGAGAUGGAAUAA